AUGCCAAUGUACUGGCUUCCUGUAUAUGCCAUUCUUUUGUUUCUUUCUUGGCCUGUGCUUCUGUUCGCGUCUGACCACCGCCUUAUCCCUGGCAAGCCGCUCUUCCCUGGUAGUGUUCUUAUCUUCCAAGAUGGAGUGUUCGCGCUAGGUAUCUUCUCCACAUCAUCAAACCAUUCCUAUAUGGGAAUAUGGUACAACAGCAUCCCAGAGUUCACCGUGGUAUGGGUCUCCAACCGUGCUGCACCAAUCACGGAUCUUUCCUCUGCAAAUCUUGCCGUGACCAUCGGCUCCAACCUAGUCCUGUCUGACAGCAAUGGCUGUGUUCUUUGGACAACGCACAGCAGCAUCAGCGUCGUCAAUUCCUCCAUAUCAGCAGAAGCCAUGCUGGAUAACAGCGGGAACUUCAUCCUUCGAUCAUCGGCUGCUGGUAGCUCUGCCGUGCUAUGGCAGAGCUUCGACCACCCCACCAACACUCUCCUUCCCGGCAUGAAUCUUAGGCUCAGCCACAAGAUGCACCCACUGCAGCACCUCGUUUCUUGGAAAGGCCAGCAGGAUCCAUCCCCUGGCGAGUACUCCUACGGUGCAGACCCCGACAACUUCCUGCAGCGCUUCAUCUGGCACGGUUCAGCGCCACACUGGCGAAGCCCGGUGUGGACAAACUACCUCCUUCGUGUGAGCUACGACAUGGAUGGAAUCAAGUCUUCCAUGUACAUGCCAUUGCAUCAUGACGGCGACGAGGUGUACAUGUCCUUUGGCAAGCUGACUGGCUCCUUCGGUGUGCUUCUCAGGAUGGAGAUUGACUACUCAGGCAAGGUAAGUAUACUAGCCUGGGAGAGCAACAUGUCAGUAUGGAAAGCCCUAUACACAGAGAAUGAAGAACAUGAUUGCAGUAUUUAUGGCUAUUGUGGUCCCUAUGGUUACUGCAACAAUACAGAAGCAGUCCCAGGUACUUGCAAGUGCCUUGACGGUUUCGAGCCGAGAGAUGAUAAAGGCUGGAUCGCCCGAAGGUUCUCACAGGGAUGCCGCCGGAAGGAGGUGCUAAGGUGUACAACACAUGGAGAUGGUUUCUUGACCAUUCCGGGCAUGAAGGUCCCUGACAAGUUCAUCCAUAUCCGAAGUAGAAGCCUUGACGAGUGCAAGGAGGAAUGCAGGAGCAACUGCUCCUGUGUGGCAUAUGCUUACUCCAGCAUGAGCAACAUGGAUAUUGAUGGAGAUGCCACGAGGUGCCUGGUAUGGAUGGGAGAUUUGAUCGACAUGGAGAAGUUUACCCAAGGAGGGGAGAACCUCUAUGUUCGGGCUAACAGAUUAAGAGGUACAAUUACUUGAUUUUGUUUGCCUUGGUUGCUUA